AUGGCAGACCAGCAAAUCGCCCUGGUCGACCACACCAACGGCGACAACACGCCCACCUCACAGGCGCAACAACCGCCUCCUGCACCAGACUCGCAUAUUGACGUCCUAUUUGAGAAUCAGCGCGGCUGGUUUGUCUUCGGCAUACCUCUCUUCUCCUCCAAAGCCCUAUGGAAUUUCAGGAUCGACCCAGCACCCUGGGUGGACGCCAAAUUCAAGCCCUCGGCAGUCAACAUCACAAAUGCACAGGUGCCCGACCCCAGCUGGGUGUGGGACUGGAAGAGCUGGUAUGUGGACAUGAGUCUCGAUGUGGAUGAAGAGGGGUGGCAGUACAGUCUUCUAUUCAAAGGCUCGCCAUGGCAUGGGAACCAUCCGUGGUUCCACAGCUUCGUGCGCAGGCGGCGAUGGCUACGGAAGCGUGUCAAGCAAAAGAUCCCGCCCAAGACGAAAGAGUCGGUAAGAGAGCGCAUGUUUGGCGAGACAUUUAGUGUUGGGACUACGUUGGCGAGAACGGGCACACUAGGAACGAUGAGCGGGCUGGGGAGCGAGGAGCAGUCUGUCGACGAAGAGGUCAGGGACAUUGCGACGCUGAUGAAAAAGCUGAAGAGAGCUGCGAUUGAUCGCGAGAAGAUCGUCAUCAUACACAAAUUCAUCAAUGACGGAGGGGAGGAGCUAUACUACUUGGCCGAGCAGAUUCCAGCCAUCAUGUCCAUGCUCAUUUUUCAAAAUUCCCGCCGCCAGCUCCUCUCCACGCUCAUGGAUCGUUUCGAAUCUGCCCGCGACCACCGUGAAUCUCACAAGAAAGAGAACAAGCCCGAAGGCGAUGCGGAACAGCGUCGCAUAGACAACCUGCUCAAGGCUGUCAAGGCUGCAGACAACGAGUGCAAGAAGCUCGAGUACUGGAGCGAUAUCAGGAACCUGACGGAACAAGGCAAAGCGGGCAAUGCGACGGAUCCGUCCAUGGGCUGGGACGAUAAAUGGCAGGGACUCGACGUUAGCGGCGCCAAGCAUCCUGAGCAUGAUGAGGGGAGUUUGGACGAUAAGUUGAAGCCGGUGUAA